GCAGGACAGCGCCAGCCGAAGACACAACACAACACACGCCAAUCACCCUCUCAGAGCGCACAACAUGUCGACCACCGACAAAAGCAGCAAAGGGGGAGAGACCAAGGAGCAUCCAGUAGUCUCCCACGCUCCAACAACGUCUCUGGCAAAGGAUGAGAAGGAUGAGAAGGAAGAUGCUGUGCGAAAAGCGCUUGCGGAAGCUCCUCACCUCAAACAGCGGGACAAGGAGCUCAUCGAAGCAAUAGCCAACGGCAGCUGCGCUGCACGUAUCUCGUUGGAGGGCGCUUCGCUUGGCCCCACAGGCGCUGGUGCCUUGGCCGUGGCCCUCUCCGUCAACACCAACCUCGAAAGGCUUAACUUGGACAACAAUACCUUGGGGCCCCAAGGUGCUGCCAGGGUUGCAGAUGCCAUCGCAACCCACACGUCCCUGCAGUGGCUCAGCUUGUUCAACAACGACAUUGGCGAUGAAGGUGCCGGGUCAUUUGCAGCAGCGCUCCAGCAGAACAACUCUCUAUACGUCAUCAGGCUCAACUGCAACAACAUUGGGCCCGAUGGCGGCCGCGCGCUGGGAACGGCAAUGGAGAAGAACAGCAAACUCACCCAAAUUACGUUGUGGGGCAACAGCAUCGACGCCAUCCGGGAAUUUGGCGCCGCGCUGCCACCCGAGCGCAUGAUGCAAUGCAAUGAUCUCAGCAAUGAUGAACGGGAUGCUCUCGACGAUGCCCGAGAAGAGAAGAGAACGCACCACCUCAACUGGGACAACCUGGGUGCCAUGCUGAAGCAGCAAUCCCUGAAGCCAAAGACAAGACGCAGCAUUCAAGCCAUUGCCAAGAACAAUUGUGCCGCCGCUGAUCUGAAUUACACGCCGCUCCACACACAGGGCGCCCGCGUUCUCGCCCUUGCACUCAGGGACAGUGGCCGAUUACAAGAGCUUGAGUUGGAUGGAACGCGGCUCGGGCCAACCGGUGCUGCCAUUCUCGCCGCUGCACUCAAACACCACACGUCGCUUCUCAGGCUCAGCCUUCAAAGCGCCAACGUCCAAGAUGAGGGAGCCAUGGCCAUUGCAGGCGCACUCAGGAAAAACAACACCCUCGAGCGCAUCUUGCUUGGCUCGAACUACAUCAGCCGCCCUGGCGCGAACGCGCUUGCGAAUGCAAUGAAAACCAACACGUCUCUCAAAGUCAUGUUUGUGGAUCGAAACCGCAUCGGGGACAAAGGCGCCAUAGCGUUCGCACGUGCACUUCAGGACAACUCGACCUUGAGUCACCUCCUUCUCUACGAGAACAGAAUCACGGCAAACGGUGGCAGGACUCUCGGCCUGGCGCUCCACACCAACAAAACCCUCCAACAGCUGAGUCUGCAAGGGAACGGCAAGGAGACGGCUGCUGCCUUUGGUCGCGCACUCCCACCGAACCGUCAAGUCGUCAUCGAGUUUGCUGCGGAAGAACUGAAUGCGUACAAAAACGCGCGAGCCCAAACGAUGACCGAAGGGCCGGAACAGCAAAUUGCAGAUCUUGAGAAGGCCCUAAGCGAAAGCGACUUGAACGAAGCCACCAUGUCCAAGCUCAGAUCCAUCUCUGCCAACACCUGCAACGCUGCUGUCUUCUUUGAUGGUGUCCGCCUUGGCGAGCCAGAAGCAAAGGCAUUGGCCCAAGCCCUAAAGGCAAACACCUGCAUCGUGAACCUUGACCUCGAUAACACCCAUUUGGGCGACACAGGCGUCAUUGCUCUCGCUGAUGCCAUCGCAAAUCACCCUCGCUUGCGAUGGGUCAGUCUGUACAAGAACAACAUCGGUGACGACGGCGCAGUCGCCUUUGCCCGUGCGAUCCAAACGAGCACCAGCUUGUGCUCGGCGCGGAUCAACUGCAAUCACGUCGGAGCUGCGGGCGGCCGUGCCCUUGCAGAAGCAAUGAACGCGAACAAGUCCUUCACUCACAUCACGAUGUGGGGGAACAGCGUCGAAGCUGUGCGUGCAUUCGGCACUGCGCUGUCCGACGAGCGAGAGAUUGAGUGCGAGGGAUUGUCGGAGGAGGAGAGGAAGGCUUUCUGGGAGGCACGAACCGGAAAGGGGCAUCAGGAGGAGACGACGACGAUGACGGUGCAGACACAGGCAGAUGCCAAACCGCAGCCUUCGGGCACUCACGCAGACACAGCGUCUCUGCCGCAACCGCAAGACCACUCGUCAAACGAGGGAGGGCAACAGCAGCAGACGAAGUCAAGCGUGGAAACAGACCUGCUGCCAUCCAAUCAACACGAAAAAGAACAGCAGCCAGCAGUGCAUGAACAAAGCGAGCCGCAACACCCCGAACCAGCGCAGGUACAGACAGUGCAACCGAAGCAGGAACAACAGCAGGGCGCAGAAGGACAAGGACAAGAAGAAGGACAAGGAGGACAAGAGCAAGAGGCGGAAGAACGGCAACAAGAAGAAGAUGAAACACAACAACAGCAGCAGCAGCAGCAGCCAGUUGACAAUGGCGGUAAUGCUCCCAAUGACAAUGGUGAUAUUGACAACAACAACGACAGUAGCGACGUGAGUGCUGCUCAAGACGUCGAGAAACAGAAACAGCAGCAGCGUGAAGCGGAGGUGAUGGCGGCCAUGCGCCAGAUUGCAGAGAACUCAGAUGCACAAACGGCAGGGCGUGCCAAGCUGAUGCUGGUUGGUGAGGGGCGUGCGGGCAAGACCACCACUCUGAACUCCCUCAUGGGCAAGAAGUUCAACAUGCACGAGCACUCCACGCUUGGUGCCGACAGCAUGGACAUGUCCGUGAGCGUCGAAACCAUGGAGGUUUUCAACUGGCAGCACCUUCGGAGCGACCUCAGCGAGUACAUGCGCUCGUUGCUGAGCACAGCCCUUGCAAGGAUGUCUGGCAUGGACGCAUCCAUGCAGGUGACCAUGAAGAAAGCGAUGAAGGAGCAUCAACAACGGCUCAAGCAGCAGCAACAGGUGAAGGAUGAUGAUGACGAUGAUGAUGAAGAGGACGAAGAUCGUGCUGUCCCACAGCUGAGCAAACAGCGACGACUGCUCAGCAACGAGCAAAGCGGCCAUGGUGGCGGCGACGAAGGUCAUCCAAACGCGCCUGCCUGGCUGGGCAGACGUGGCCUCCCAGACAACAGUGAGGUGCACCCUGACCCUUUUCUUCACGGGCGCGGUGACCCAAGCAUGUCCUCACCGCCAUCACCACUGCCUUCACGGGCUGGUCUGCGAUCGAAUGUCCCAGCACCAUCAAAUGAAGCACAGGCGGCAUCGUUCACCACCUCAAGCUCCAAGCAUGCACUCGUCACCACGGCUGCUCCCGGCAUGUCUGCGGAGGACAUUGAGAAGGCCAUCAAGGAGUUCAAUGUGGACGCCGUCAUGGGCGAGGGCAAAGCCAGGGUCACGUUCAAAAUCUUUGACCUGGGCGGCCAGUCCACCUUCUACAUCUUCCACCCUUUCUUCCUCACCAAGUACGCGGUGUACCUGCUGGUGUUCUCAAUGGAGGACCUGUUGCACCAAGCCGAGAGCAAGCGGGCUGAAUCGUGGGAGUUUAUGGAGCACUGGCUCUCCUCCCUCCACCUCCAUGCAAAGGGCGCACCCGUCCUCAUCGUCGGCACCUUCGCUGAUGUGGUCAGCCAGAGAAAGCAGCACGAGAACAUAUCCCGUGACAUCCACAGUCGCCUGCGCCACAACCCGGCCUUCCCUUCCGUUGUGUACAACUACAAACACAAUCUGUGGCUCUGGCCCGUCGACAACACCAAGUCCAUCCAUGACCCCAUGAUCCAGGACCUGCGCCAGACUAUCUCCUCCACAGCACUGGCGCAGGAGUACGUGAGCCAGGAGGUGGCUGUGCCAUACCUCCACCUCUACGACAAGCUCCACGCCAUCGCCCGCGACGAGAAGCGACUGCUGCUCACCUUUGACGAGGUGGUGCAGAUUGCGCACACGUGUGGGCUGCGCACACGCCAGGAGACGAGGGCCUGUUUGCAGUUCCUGCACCUGUACUCCAUGGUGCUGUACUACGACAGCGUGCCAGGCAUGGAGGACUUUGUGAUCCUGAGUCCGCAGUGGGCGGUGGACAUGAUGACGCGCGUCAUCCGCAACUUUGACCUGCAUCGUGAUGUGCGUGAUGGCGAGGCGAGGGCCAUUGGCGCGCAGCUGUGGGACGACCUGGUUGACCGCGGUAUCCUGCACCGUCGUUUACUUGAUGUGCUGUGGAGAGACGUGGACAGCAACUUGAUUGACCCGUUCCUGCGCCUCAUGAUGGAGUAUGGGCUGUGUAUCCAGUACACGGCGCCAAUGGUGCUGCUCCCCGGUCCCCAACAGCAACAACAACACCACCAACAGUACCUCGUCCCAGCAAUCCUGCCGAUGACCUUGGAGGAUGAACAGGCGUCAUCAGUCACGCUGAGCACGGCAGCAGCAAAGCAAAUCAACUGUUAUGUUGGGUAUGAGGAGAAAACGGUGUACGUCGCCUUCUGCUUGGAGGGGUUGAAAAGGGGCACGAGUGCUCAGCUUGCAGACCUCCAGCGAGCCUCCUUCCUGCCAGAGGGGCUGUUCGCGAUGGUGUUGGCACGCGUGAUGGCACACAUGCAGCACGGUGCAACGGAGCCGCCCAUGUUGAGCCGCACGGACGCCGUGAUCUUCAUGGAUGCUGCUGAGAUCGAGCUGCAGCUUGUGCCGGAUGUUGGUGGCAUCAAGGUGAAGAUCACGAAUGCACGCCCUCGCACAUUGCUGCACAUGCUGUACGACACCAUCACAGCGGCUGCCAAGCAGCGUUAUCCUGACCUCAAGGCCAAGCUGUUGGUGCCAUACGACGAGAGCACAUUGCUGUUCUUUGAGGAUGUGCUGCUUCACCACACGAACAAGAGGGUGCUUCGCGUUGGCCGCUCAGACUUGCUGCCACCGGAUGAUCUGGUCGCCAAGUAUGGCCCCCUCCUGCCCAUUCUCGGUCUGCAGGACAAGUACGACGUAUUCAUCAGCUACAGACAACGCGGCAAUCGAGGUCUGGCGUUGGCCUUGCACCCGAAGCUGGAGCACCAUGGGCUGGUUGCGUUCAUGGAUGCCAACAACUUGGAGACGGGCCUUAACUUCAAGCACGCGUGCAUUCAGGCCAUCCAGCACAGCGUUGUUGCCUCCCCCGUUGUGUCUGUCGCGGCAAUUCAUCAGAUGCGCUCGCUCGAUUACGAUGACGCGUGCGACAACGUGCUGCUGGAGUGGAUGGCGAUGUUGGAGCUGCAGCAGCUCGUGCACCAGCAAUCAGACAAGAUCCGCCUUCGCCGCAUUGUUCCGCUCUUCCUUGGCAGUGGCUGGCACGACAGCAGCAGCCACGCCAUGAGCGCGGCAGAAGUGAGCGAGUAUGACUCAUUUGACCGCAUGAAGCGGCUGGCAACGAAGCUGCCAGAUGUUGUGAGCGAGAAGACGGCAGCAGCGCUCGACGAGUACUUCACACACGUGCUGCACAUGCCGCCACCACGGCAGCACAAGAGCGUGCGCGAAGUGGUUCUGUCGUUGUUUGACGUGGACGGCGUCGUGUCGUUCCAAAGUGAGCAUGACCGAGCGGCCGAUGCAGCGAGGAUGGCAGAGCACGUGCGCAGGGCAGUGGCGGCAUGCAAUGCCAGCAGUGCAGCUGGCCAACACAUGGCCCAACUGCAGCAUCAGACACCACAGCCAAUACCUGCACUAAUGCCAGUCACGCCAACAAGCCCAAUCGCUUCCGUGGCACAGUCCUCGUCGCCCACCACGAUUUCGUCUCCUGCUGCGCUCCUAUCUGCAACCCCAUCGCCCUCAUUCUUGCCUUCGUCCCCGUUGGAGCCUGCGCUAACGGCGUGGCUCCAGCAGCACUCACUGCUACCGCACGUCGAAUCGGCGCUUGUGGAGCACGGCAUUGACUCGCUGGAGGUGCUGGUGGAGGCGGUGAUUGAGGGAGAUUUGACAAAGCACCUGCUCAAAGAGGCGGGUGUGAAGAUUGGGCCAGCAAUCAAGCUGAUGCAAGCAGCAAAGGCGUACAAUGCGGACGGCAUGGCUUAACCGCAUCCAAGUCCCUGAAAAGGAAGUUCCAUUACAGCUGGUUGUCUCUAUUCCGCUUGGCCACAUGUCCCCCAAGUGAUACUUCCGCGUGUGUUCUUCUGUGAUUUGACCUUGUAGUCACGCUGUUGUUGCAUGACAUGACGGUACACCUGUUCGUUGCUUCGGUGUUCUGCGGACGCUUCGUGCCGGGUGCCGGUUACCCGCUUGCUCCCUUCUUCCCUGCUUUGCCGUUUGAUUCGCCAUUGUGUUUGCUUGCACCACAUGCCCAAGCCAGCGCUGUGUUGCGCGUUCGGUAACCCUCUGUGCUUCACGUGUCAUUACGAUGUGGAACCAGCCCAACGCGUUCUCUAUGUUUUUUUUUUCAACAAUGUUGAAUCCCAACAAGCAAGUUGCUGCAGAGUGGGUGCGGGCGGGAACAAAUGCAGUUAAAGCACAACACAAGC